CGGGACUGUGCGGGGUUGGUUGCACAGCGAAAGAAAAUGGCGGCUGUGGCCACUGAGCCAGGAGCUGCGGUGAUUCUGACAACAGCGACGAUCGACGACGGCCCACCGGAACCGGGGCCCACCGGUUCGGGACGCGCGGGAAUCUCCCACGAGGCCGAAGGGGUGCUGCAGCCGGACCCAGCUGUGGAGCUGUCCGGCCCACCAUCGGGAGAUGGUGGGGACGGGGAGGAACGCCGCCAUGUCAGGCCGGAGCUAGAGCCCGGGGCGGGAAAAGUCCUCUGUGAGAACGCCACGAACGAUGAACUCAUGAAUAACUUUCCACUGGACCGGGUCGGCACCGAGCGGUUCUCUCCCGGAGUGCCGGGGGGUCCGGAAGCUGCUUGGAACGUGUCUGCUCAGGCGGCGUACGGCAGCAUCAUCGCGCAGCCCUCCGUCGUCUUCCUGCACUCCUUCCCGGCUCCCCCGCCCGGUGCCGAGGCUGGACUGUCUCUGGUGGAACCGGCGGAACCGACAACAAACGUGACGACGGACCGUGUUGAGACCGCCGGCCGGGAACGAGGCUACACGGCUUUGGUCCAACCCGAGCGUAGCCCCUCUUCCGGAGAAGACUCCAUAUUGGACGGUACCGGGGAUCCCGACGGAGGGUACGUCAAACACCCGGCUGGUUCUGAUCAAAUGCAAUGUCGCGGCUUACGGGAACCGCCCCCGCCAUGCCGGUCCCCGGAGCUGGACGUAAAACCGGAAGAAAUCCUCACACUGCCGGGAGCUGCUGGAGAAGAGGCCACCUCCGGUGGUCCGCGGCUCGGCUGCGUGCAGAACCUGAGCCUCGGCUCCGAAGUCCGGGUCUGCUUGGACCACGUCAUCGAUGACGCGCUGGUUGUGUCGUUCCGACUGGGCGAGAAGGUGUUCUCGGGGGUUCUGAUGGACGUCUCCAAAAGGUUCGGACCGUAUGGAAUUCCCACCCCUCAGACGUCGGUCACGUCGGGAAGCAACAGUGAGGGGUCCCCAAAGCAGGAAGUGGCCAACGGUGACACGCCUCCUUUGCCUUGGACGACUAAGCCGCCGCCGCUGUUUCAGGAGGGGGCGCCCUACCCCCCUCCCCUUUUCAUCAGAGACACCUACAACCAGGCGUUACCUCAGCCCCCGCCUCGUAAGAUCAAACGACCCAAACGGCGUUACCGGUGCGAGGAACCGACGUCCAUCAUGAAUGCCAUCAAGCUCCGCCCCCGCCAAGUGCUGUGCGACAAGUGCAAAGGCGUGGUUACGUCAGCAGGGCGGCGGGGCCCGGUGGAUUUGAGGGGCGAGGAGGCUUCACGCCGACGGAGGCCAGCCGAGGGGCCCAUGUCCUCUGAGGUGAAACGACUGCGGGGCGACGACAAGGGGGGCCGCGGCGGCGCUUCCGAUAGACGCACGCCAUCAGGGAUACGCGUGUCGGCUUCAUCAUCCUCCGCUGGCCGCAUUCUGAGGGGUGUGGCUUCAUCCUCUGCCACGCCCGGCGCCAUGCGUCUAAAGCUGAACUCUAAGAAGGUUCUGGCGAAAGGACCCUCCUCGGUGGAUGGCGCCAAGGCACGCCACGUUCUCAAGAAGCUGGCAAGGAACUCGCCACCGGCGCCGCUUCGUAGCACCAAAGACGAGAACCAGAACCAAGAUGGGGCCAAGGCCACGACCCGAGCUGCUGCUUUACAAAGCCACAACCAGAAGGUCCACUUCACCCGCCGCUUGCAGCACCUUAACUCCGCCCUCGUCAGCCCGACCUCGCACACGGCGCUGCCGCCUCGAAUGCGCGUCAAACCCCAAAGGUAUCGUACCGACGACGCUCAGGCUCCCUCUUCUUCCUCUCCGCCUAAACACAGCCCUCGCUCGGCAACCUCAAGCCCCGCCCCCACGUUGAGCCUGGUCCAGGUCCCGCCCCUCUCCCUCAGCCCAACACCGCCGCCCUCUAAUUGUGCUGCUGGGGGUAAGGAGGCUCCUCCUCCUCCUGAGCCCCGCCCCCCACCUUGCUGCGUCACACAGACGGCAGAGCUCCCUCCCCCUGAAGACCCGCCCUCCUUAGUGCCUCCGUGCCCCUCCUCUUCCUGUCCUCCUUGUGUGGAGACGCAGGUUGGCGGCGAGGAGGAGGAAGAUGAAAGAGGCGAACUGAAAAGGCGUCGCAAGUCUUCCACAUCCUCCUCCUCUUCCUCCUCGUCUUCGUCGUCCUCCUCCGUCUUCUCCAAGUCGGUGUCCAAGUGUUUGCUCCCCGACGGUCGUACGGUGUGCGUGGGCGAUAUCGUCUGGGCCAAAAUCUACGGCUUCCCCUGGUGGCCGGCGCGCGUGCUGGGCAUCACGGUGGCACGGCGCGCCAACGCCGUCAUGGCCGUGCAGGAAGCGCGCGUGUCCUGGUUCGGUUCGCCCACCACCUCUUUCCUGCCGCUGUCGCAGCUCUCGCCCUUCCUGGAGAGCUUCCAGUCCCGCUUUGACAGGAAGAGGAAGGGCCCGUACCGCCGUGCCAUUUCCGAGGCCGCUAGUGCCGCCAAACAACUGACGCCCGAAGUGCGUGCGCUGCUCACCCAGUUUGAAACGUAGCGCUAGCUCAGGCCACGCCCCUGACAGACUGACCCUUGCAGAUGGGGUCUGGGUCUGGUUCUGGUUCUUGUUGGGUUCCUCCUGUAGGUCAAGGGGUGGGUUGCUAGUGUCGGCAGCAGGUCCCCGUUGGACGUCUGGUUCAAGUCUGCGUUCGCUAGGCACAAUCCAAGCAGCCAAUCACGUAGAGUCUUUGGGCCGAGCUUAGUCGGCACAAAUGAUGGAAACGUUGGACAGUUGGUCUCCGGAUGUGGUUCUGGUCUCCUGGUUCCAGCGGGACACGUCAGUGGUCUGUCCUGUGACGGUGGGGAGCACAUUGAGACUAAAAACCCAUCAAAGCUGUGAAACGCUUCACGACCGAGGUCGGGGUCCCAAACGGGGUCAGGACCGUGUGAAGAGUCCUGGAUCAGGUCCACGGGGUCCCGGGACUGUUUUGAAUGAAGUCCGUGUGAUUGGCUCUAAAUUCCCACAAUGUUGUGAUGUCUCACUCUGUCCCUAUUUGCCCGUCCCAGACCUCGGUCCUUCGUCAUGACGAUGGUGAUGAUGAUGAUGGUGAUGGUGAUGAUGAUGGUGGUGUCUUUUCCCUCUCUGUUUGUCUUCUUCUUGACUUUUGGACUCUUUUUCCCGUCUGUUUGCAGAUCAGAGAUUCUGAGCCAAAUUCUGAACAGCAUUUGUGUAAAUGUUUUUCCUGAUGUUUGAACCGAAUAAAAGUUGUCUUGGAAUUCUGGUCAUUUGAGCUUUUCUUCUCCUGUGCCGAUCUUCCCGAUGGACCCGCUGUCAGACUUUCUUACCUGCAAACAGAUGUUAGACGCUAGAUGUUCCAUGGUAGAUGUUCCAUGGUAGAUGGUAGAUGGUGCGUUCAAUGUCAGCAGCAACCAGAGUGGGAAAACACCAGCAGCUAACUGACAGCACGUUAGCAUGUUAGCGCGUGACUCUGUCGUGACGCAAGUGUUCACUGGGACUCUUCUAGGCAGGUUUUGGGUGACUUGGGCGCCGUUGCCGGUCCGGUCCCGGUCCAAAAGACCUGAACCAAGUCCACGUGAUCGGUCUCCUGGCAUGCACUGCAGCAGUGGCGUCCCAGGCGCCGCGUGACAUCGUAACCUGUCUGAUGAUGUCAUCAGUCACCAGUGUGUC